AUGCCACCAAAGCUGCCUUCUACCGCAGUCGCCGCCAACUUCAGCAACGACUGCGCGAGAUGCAGGACGCCUGGACUGCUCGCAAAGCUUAGGAGAUCCAAGGGUAUGCGGACCGCAACGAAUGGAAGAACUUCUUCUCUGCGAUCAAAGCUGUCUAUGGUCCGCCGACGAAGGGCACCGCUCCUCUCCUCAACGCCGACGGCAACACUCUCCUGACUGAGAAGACGCAAAUCCUGCAGCGAUGGGCCGAGCAUUUUCGAGGCGUCCUCAACCGCCCCUCCGUCAUCUCCGACGCCGCCAUCGAGCGUUUGCCGCAAGUGGAGACCAACGUGGACCUCGACCUCCCGCCAUCUCUCCAGGAGACCAUCAGGGCCGUGCAGUAG